AUAACUCAAAAGGAUUGGUUCGAGAAGAUUACCCAAAAUUAGAAGAAAGGGGAAAAGGGGGGGAAGGAAAAUUAGGAGCACAGAGUGAGAGAAGAGAGCAUAUGCUGAAAGAACCUUUCAUUGAUUCCACAGAGGGAGAAAAUUCUUCAAUCGGAAAUKGAAUAUCCAUAAAAGGGGUCUCCUCUUCAGAAUUCAGGCCUCCCCAGAUACUCUUCUAAGGAAUCAUCUUCUCUCUCUGCGUGGUUUUGGGUUGCUUGCUUUGUUACUCAACUUUACACAAUUAUCAGACAGCUAAAAAUUCUUUCCCUUUUUCAAAAACCCCAAUUCAGACACUGCACCUACUAUAUUAUAUGCUGGCAAACUCCUUCUCAUAAUGACCACCACUUCUCUCUCUAUAAAUCUCUCUCUUUCUCCUCCACCCUUUUCCCCUGCCGCCGCCGCCACCACCGUAGCAACCACCGCCGCCGCUUCCUUCUAUGAAGCUCCCCUUUGUGUGAGAUUCCCACAUUCCAGAUCUUCAACACCAAAACCCAGAAGUCUUUUCUCUAGAGCUGUCCGAUUUCGCUGUUUGGAGGGGCCGGGGAGGAAUUGGGGAAGUGGGAAUAAUCUUAUUGUGAAGGCUAAAGAAAUGACUAUUGCUGAGGUGAGGGCUGAAGAAGGAGAGGAAGAUAGUCCUCCUCUGCUUGACCCAGAGACCAAUUCGAAACCUCGUCGUAUUGCUCUCUUUGUGGAGCCUUCUCCCUUCGCAUACGUGUCAGGAUACAAAAAUCGAUUCCAGAAUUUCAUUCGCUAUCUACGCGAAAUGGGUGAUGAGGUGAUGGUUGUGACAACUCAUGAAGGCGUACCGGACGAGUUUUAUGGUGCAAAAUUAAUUGGAUCACGAAGCUUUCCAUGCCCUUUGUAUCAGAAGGUUCCCCUUUCUCUAGCACUUAGUCCAAGAAUAAUUUCCGAAGUUGCUCGGUUUAAACCCGACAUCAUACACGCAUCAUCACCGGGGAUAAUGGUGUUCGGAGCCCUGAUUAUCGCGAAACUAUUAAGCGUACCGCUCGUUAUGUCUUACCAUACUCACGUACCAGUAUACAUUCCAAGAUAUACUUUUAGUUGGUUGGUUAAACCGAUGUGGCUCAUUAUAAAAUUUCUCCACAGAGCGGCUGAUCUUACCCUGGUGCCAUCUGCUGCCAUUGGCAAGGAUCUUGAAGCUGAAAAAGUCACAGCAGCUAAUAAGAUUCGACUUUGGAAUAAGGGUGUAGAUUCUGUAAGCUUUCAUCCUCGCUUCCGCUCUCAUGAAAUGAGAUUGAGACUGAGUGGCGGUGAGCCUGAAAAACCUCUUAUAGUUCAUGUUGGACGACUUGGAGUUGAGAAGAGCUUGGAUUUCCUCAAAAGGAUCAUGGAUCGACUUCCCGAUGCAAGAAUCGCGAUCGUUGGGGACGGACCAUACAGGGAGGAGCUAGAGAAAAUGUUCACCGGCAUGCCUGCAGUAUUUACAGGGAUGUUGUCAGGUGAAGAGCUAUCUCAGGCUUAUGCCAGUGGCGAUGUUUUCGUAAUGCCUUCAGAAUCGGAGACAUUGGGACUCGUCGUGUUGGAGGCUAUGUCCUCCGGGAUCCCUGUCGUGGGAGCUCGUGCUGGUGGAGUUCCAGACAUAAUUCCUCCCGAUCUAGACGGUAAAAUCGGGCACCUUUACACCCCCGGGGACAUCGAGGACUGCUUGAGCAAGCUGAAGCCUCUGUUGAACAAUCAAGAACUGAGGGAAACAAUGGGGAAGGCAGCUCGCGAGGAGAUGGAGAAAUACGACUGGAAAGCCGCGACUCGGGUUAUCCGUAACGAACAAUACAACGCAGCUAUAUGGUUCUGGCGCAAGAAAAGAGCACAGUUUCUAAGACCAUUCCAAUGGGUGUUUAAACGAAUUUUUCCAUCAUCCCCAGAAGUUAGUUACCGGUGAAAUGGUUGAGUAUUUUUCUAUGUAUCAGCUUGGUUUUAAGUAGAACAUCUGUGUGAUUGUUUGCUAAUACAAUAUACAUUCAUUGUGUAUAUAUUCAUUAAACCAGAAAAACUGGUCAACUUUGUAGUUCAUAUCCUCAUUAAUCCUUGUACACUCUUAGUUCCAUUUGUACUCAUAAUGAAAAUUUUAA